AUGUAAAAGGUAUAAAUUAUUUUUAUUAAUUCAGAACGAUUAUGGUUUUGGUGGGGAUGAAAAAGUGAAGAAAAUUGAUAAUGAACAUUAUGAUGAGACGAUUGAAUUGGAAGAUGGAGAAAUUGGUAGUGGUGAAGAAGAUGAAGAUUAAUGUAACGUUUUUACCUACUAUUCUAUUAGAUUAAGCUGGUGCUAGAGGAGCCCAAUAAGCUGAACAAAGUGUAGGGUUUUAAGAAGGAAAGGUUCCUUUACCUGCUGGUGCUUACAAUUCAAAUGAUUAUUCAAAUUUAUAAGUAGGUGCAGAAGUCAAAUAAUUGUUUGAGGUAUUUCUAUUUUUAAUUUAAGUUACAAUAUAUGUCUGCAUCAAAAUAAAAUUCUAUAUUUCAUCUAUACAAAGCUCCUUAAAUGGUUUUGGAUGCAAAAUUAAAACCAUUUAUUCCAGAUUAUGUAACUGCUAUAGGUGAAGUUGAUGCGCACAUAAAAAUACCAAGACCUGAUGGCUAACCUGAGACACUUGGUUUGUUACAUUAGUAAUCUAUCUAUAUAAUUUUAAGGAUGAACCUACUCUUAAUCAAUCUAAAAAGGCUAAAUUAGAUUUAUUGAUGAGAGAAUAUGUAAAGGUAGCAAAUAGGGGCAAAAAUACUACUAUCCAUGCUAUUGAAAAUGCUGAUAAAAAUCCAAAAGAAAUUACAGCCUGUAUUAAUGAUGUGGCAGAAAUACAUAAAAAAAAGUCACCUCCAUCUUGUUUCAUAUUCUAAAAUUAUGCCUGA